AUGAGAUUUGAAGCCAAGCACAGAACAUCUAAAAUUGCUGCACGAUCAAAUUUUAAUAGACGUAAUAUUUGUUUAUCAUUAGCUAUUAAACAUCAACUACAGCUUAAUGAAAUUUUUUUAUAUGGUAAAUUCUGUAAUACAGUUUUUGUUGGACCCCGCAAGUUUUUAAAUUCUAUAAAAAGACAUCAAGUUCAAACAUUGUUAAACCUUAGCUCAGAAGUAUCCUUAACUAUGGUAAAGUGGGCUAAGGUUAAGGGAACUCAUUAUAAGAUUAAUACAAUAGUAACCAAAGAUAUUUUAGUAGAUGAUUAUCCAAUUUUUUCAUCAAUUAUAAAUAUUUUUCUUUAUGGCCCAGAUAAAAUUAUUUUUGAAGUAAAUGUAUUCUCAAGUAUUUGUUUUAAUGAACAUGUGUUUUGUUAUGAGAUUAAUAUACCUGAAAUAAAAAAUAAUAAUUCUACAUGUUACAUUUUUCAAGAUUUAUUAAUUUCUCCAGUACCUAACAGUUUAAACAUUGCAUCUAAUGGUAAACAAUAUGUUACUGUAAGAAGUCCUUUUUAA